AUGGCGUUGGAAAUAUCCAGGCCAAAAAUAACGGAUGAUCAACAUUUCCAAAGGACAACUAACAGUGUGUCCGAACACAAGAUCAAACGGACUGAAACCAAGAAAUUCCUGGACAGACUCUCUAACACCAAACAACAACAUGUCAACAUGAAAAAGCAGGAAAGUUGGCUGAACUGGGAAGGAGUGCGCCAGAAGAAACUGUCCUGGAAGGAGUUAUGGAAUGGGAGGUACACGUGGCGACACGAUAAGGUCUUGUCUGUCCUUGCAGAUACACUGGAGAGGAGCAGAAAGAAACCAAGGAAAAAGAAAAGGAGCCUGCGAUUUGUAAACUUUGUCAAGGCCGGGGAGCAGACUACGAGAAGCACAGUGGAAGGGAGCGGAUUGUUAGGAACAGCAGGAGAAUGGCAGAUGAGAGCAGACCUCAAGGGCCGCAUGCAGUUUCCACAAGAAAUAGCAGUUACCAAUCAGAGACCAGACAUCGUCCUGUGGUCUACAUCCAUCAAACAGGCUGUUCUUGUGGAGCUGACCAUGCCAUGGGAGGAGAGAAUCGAGGAAGCCCACGAGCGGAAGCGGAACAAAUACCAAGAUCUAGUAGCAGACUGUCAACAGCAGGAGUGGAAAAUGUGGUGUCUUCCAGUGGAGGUGAGAUGCCGAGGUUUCGUUGGGCAGUCGAUGUGGAGGGCACUUCGGAUCAUCGGUAUCACAGGGCCAGAGAGGAGACAACUUAUAGGACACCUGAGCAGGGAAGCAGAGCUGGCAUCUAUGUGGCUGUGGAGGAAGAGAAACGACAAGUGGACAGGAAAGACUGAUCAUUGA